AUGAACCGUGUGAAAACAGGAUUACAUCCCCCAAAGAAAUUAACGACCCUGGCUCUGGGGAAGCAACAUAAGGGAUCUGAAACAACUCAAAGUUUUCGCCAAAGCAUUUAUUCACAAGAUCUCAUUUUUUUAACAGACAAUAACCUGGACUUUCUCUGUUUAACCGAAACCUGGCACAAUCAUCUCGACCUCUUCCCACUAAACCAAGCCACACCCCCCCGUUACUCCUACCUGCACCAACCCCGCCUCACUGGACGAGGCGGUGGCGUCGCAUUCAUCCACAAGCAGACCCUCAAGACCACCCCCAUCCCCACCCCGACUGUCCACUCAUUUGAACACAUUUCAGUCAAACUCCCUGGCCCCACCCCACUGGUCAUUGUCACCAUCUACCACCCUCCAAAACCCCACCCAUCAUUCCUUUCUGAUUUCUCUGAACUGGUCACCCAACUAAAUACCAUCUCAUCCUCUGUCCUGUUACUUGGCGACUUCAAUUUCCACAUCGACAACCCCACCUGCAAACAAGCCUCUGAUUUUCUGGACCUACUCGACACCCUCAACCUCACCCAGCAUGUACACUCCCCCACCCACUCCCACGGCCACACCCUCGACCUCGUCUGCUCUACCGGCAUCUCCAUCCACCAUCUCUCCACCACCAACCUCUACAUAUCUGACCACCUGGCCGUCACUUUCAGCAGUGAAAAAUGA